CUAAGGAGGCUGUAUACAAUGUGAAGGGUUUUCCCCACCCUAAAUGGAGCAAAGGGACCAAGGCAUUUUGUGGCCUCUGCCAUCUGGACAUCUCUGUGACCUCCCUUGCCAGAUCAACUACCCUGACUGCUGCUGGUUUAUUCCAGGCUUCCUGUCUCCAGCCCCUUCUGGCCAGCGCAGUAACACCAGCACAGAGAAUGAGUCCUUGGGCCCAGGAGAGCGUCUGGGGGUCCGCCUGGUGAACCGGAGCAGCCGCUGCAGCGGGUCGGUGGAGGUCUGGCUGGGGGAGUCCUGGGAGCCAGUGUGCAGUGCGCUCUGGGACAGGCUCGCCGCGGAGGCUGUGUGCAGCGCUCUGGGCUGCGGUGUGCCGGGGACAGCCGUCCAGCCUGUGCUGCCCACUUCGGAGCUGCCGCCAGAGACCACCUCGGGGAACACCAGCGGCACCGAGAACACCACUCGGACGCUGGGGCUGGCGGUCCAGUGCAGAGGAGCUGAUUGGCAAUUGUGCGAGGUGUCCCGCCGGUGCGGCGGCGAUGGGAGACCGGCAUGGGUCACCUGUGCAGAGAAUCGCGGUGUGAGAUUGGUGGACGGUGGCAGUCCCUGCGCAGGCCGCGUGGAAAUGCUGGAGCAAGGCCAGUGGGGGACAGUGUGCGAUGACACGUGGGACCUGGAGGACGCGCACGUGGUCUGCAAGCAACUGCAAUGCGGCUGGGCAGUCCAGGCGCUGCCGGGCUUGCACUUCACCCCGGGCCAAGGGCCCAUCCAUCGCGACCAGGUGAACUGCUCUGGGACUGAGGCCUACCUGUGGGAUUGCCCGGGGCUGCCAGGAGACCAGUACUGCGGCCACAAGGAGGACGCGGGCGUGGUGUGCUCAGAGCACCAGUCCUGGCGCCUGACUGGAGGCAUUGACUCCUGCGAAGGGCAGGUGGAGGUGUACUUCCGAGGGGUCUGGAGCACGGUGUGUGACGUCUCCUGGUAUCCGCCCGAGGCCUCAGUGCUCUGUCGGUCCUUGGGCUGCGGAAAUGUGGUGGAUAGGCCUAGGGGACUGCCACACUCCCUGGCUGGUAGGAUGUUCUACAUCUGUGAAGGAGAGGAGUUCACCCUCAGCAACUGCUCCUGGCGGUUCAACAACUCCAACCUGUGCAGGCAAUCGCUGGCCGCUCGGGUCCUAUGCUCAGGUUCCCGGAGACUGCACAAUUCGACCACUUUAGAAGUUCCUUUGAGAGUUCCAGUCAUUGUGGAAUCUUCUGUACCAGUGAGCAUGAAGGACAACGAGUCUUCAAAGCUGGCAUUCCUCAUUUCCUGCAUUGUCCUGGGGGUUCUUCUCCUCAGCGCCCUCAUCUUCAUAGCUGUCCUCCUCUUGAGAGUUAAAGGACAAUAUGCCCUCCCCGUUUCUGUGAACCACCAGCAUCUUUCCACUGCCAUCCCAGCAGGAAUCAAUAGCUAUCAUGCGGUCCCCAUCACCAUUCCCAAAGAGGAAGUUCCUAUGCUAUCCAUCCAGCCCUGUGUCCCUGAGGACUCGGACACCAGUUCUGACUCUGACUACGAGCACUAUGACUUCAGCUCCCAGCCACCCGUGGCCCUGACCACCUUCUACAAUUCCCAGCGGCACAGAGUCACAGAGGAAGAGGCCCAGCAGAACAGGUUCCGGAUGCCGCCCUUAGAGGAAGGACUCGAAGAGUUGCAUGUUUCCCACAUCCCAGUUGCUGACCCCAGGCCCUGUGCAGCAGAUGCCCCUUCUCUGGGCACUCAGAAUAACGCACGGAGCAACAGUGAGUCCAGCACCUCUUCUGGGGAGGAUUACUGCAACAGUCCCAGAAGCAAGCCACCACCAUGGAACUCCCAGGUGUUUUCUUCAGAAAGGAGCCCCCCUCUGGAGCAGCCCUCCAGCUUGGAACUAGCUGACUCCCAGGCAACAUUUUCAGCAGGGAUGCCAGCUGGUGAUAGCUCCAGCACCUCAUCUGGAGAGUGGUACCAGAACUUCCAGCCGCCGCCUCACCAUCCUCCAGUGGAGCAGUUUGAAUGUCCAGGACCCCCUGACCCCCAGCUGGAGUCCACUGAGGAGGAGGACUACGAUGACAUUGGGGCAGCCUAGCCUGGAUCUCCUGAGGCUCCUGGGUGGUCCCUCCCUGUUCUCUCGCUCUCCCUACGCAUCAUCCUUUGCAAGGCUGAGGCCUCCCACAGAGGUGGGAGCACUCGGAGCCCUCGACCUCCAUCCAUUGAUCAGAUCAAUCUGCAUGAGCCCUAAGCAAAAGAUGUGGUGGAGGAUGUGAGCACUGAGUCCUGGGGUGAACAAGCCAGGUCACCUCCUGCAAUUGUGGCAGUCAUGCUGGGUGCUUUGAUUCCAACUCUCAGGCAGCUGCUAGGAGACUAAGCAGCCCACCUCCUGCUACAAGAGAGGCCCUGGGUGAGUGGCUGCCAUUGACUCUCAGGUAGGCAGUGCUGUCACAACACAACCCCAGGGCUUCGCUCAGGGUUGCACCUGCACUUCGCAAGGAAUGUGGCCUUUCUGGACCCUGGCAAUGGACAGGAACCAGGACAUCACAUGCUCCCACCCAGAGUGGGGCCUGAGGCCAGUCCUACCAUCAAAGACCUUGGAGCCCAACACGGACAAUGUCCCUGGACAGCUGAGCCUCAUUCUGAGCUGCUGGAGGUUUACAGGGGGUGCUUCCCAGCCCCACAGCACCUACGCUAACUGUAUGGAAGCAGGAGUACAGAGAUGUCAUUCUGGGAGGUUCAGGGGACCCAUGAGGCCCUGAGUUGCCAUGCAUACCCUUGGGUUGACCAGGAGGCUCUGGCUGCAUGUGACUAUUACAUCCAGGACUCUAAACACAUCCUCCUGGAGGCCUCAGAGUACUGGAGGGUCCCAGUCAACCUACAGUGGCCUGUCUGGGGUUCCUCA